AUGGACCAUUCCUCUCAAGGAAGAGAUGUUAUUGUCAGAAACAAAUGGUUGGUUAUCUCCAAGAUAGGCGAAGGCUCUUUCGGCGAGGUUUUCAAAGUCAAAGAUAUUGAUACAAAUCGCUUUUAUGCACUUAAACGGGAGCCUCUCAAUGUCCCUUGUCCACAACUACGUCAUGAAAGCUUGAUGUACUCUCUAUUGAAGGGCGGGCCUUGUAUUCCCAAAUGUCACUGGUAUGGACAACAUGACGAUUUUGAUUGCAUUGUCAUUGACUUACUAGGCACCAAUUUAAGAGAAUUGCAGUUAUCGGUCAAGUAUAUGGCUUUGACUCUCAUCACCGACUUUGGAUGUCAGUUGCUUUCCUUCUUAGAAUAUGUACAUAGUAAAGGAAUUGUGUAUCGUGAUUUGAAGCCUGAGAAUUUCUUAUUGCUUAAAUCAUGUGGUGCACAUGAUAUGGCAAGAUUGAACUGGACUUCACUGGCAAGAACAUCGAGCAUCCUAUCAUCCUCCCUAUACCCUUAUCGUACGAUCACCACUGGUACGGUUACUAGUCACACUCAUCAUGGUACUCGUAUCUCUCCUGUCCAACUACCUCCCUCACCACCCGAUAGCAUUACAUUAUCUUGGGAACAACAUGACCCUGUACGAAAGCAACCGCUUCAUCUGGACAAAAGAACCAAAAACCCAUACAAUGACAGUAAUGUUUACAAAGGAGAGAAGAAAAAUAACAACGACCAUCAUCGAUUUUUUGACUCUAAGGAUGCAUUAUCAUCCGAUCUUCAUGUCAUUGACUUUGGACUCGCCACCUGGUGGCGUAAUCCCAAAACAGGUCAGCCUUAUCCUGAGCGAAAACGACCCAUCAAACACAAAACAGGAACAGCUCGGUAUGCCUCUUUAAACGUGCAUCGUGGUUGUGCUCAUGCUAGAAGAGAUGAUAUUGAAAGUUUAGGUUAUCUGCUCCUGGAUCUGCUGUUGGCGGGUGAUUUGCCUUGGUCGGGUGUAACGGCCCGAACAUCCAAAGCAGGUUGGGAUCGUAUUCAAGCAAUCAAAGAAUCGACCUUCCUGGAAGAUUUGCUGCUAGAUGGCUCGCCCACGGGUUCUUAUAGGCACGGUGGCCAUGGCAUCAUCACGUUCAUUGAGUAUGCUAGAACGCUUGCUUUUGAGGAACGUCCUGAUUAUGAUUAUUUACGUAAAUUAUUACGUAGCAAUUUGUAA